CAGCAGCUGGCUCCUCCCCCUGCCUGUAUGGAGAGGCUGUGAUGAUGGCAGGGGAAGGCUAACACAGAGCCAGCGCUUCACCUUCCCCUCUUUCAUUCCGGGAGCUGCUCCCAAGCUCCCUCCUAUUUUUGGGAGCCGGUUGAUACAGCUUUUUUUUUCUUUCAUCGCAUUGAAUUUUCCUAAGAGGAAAGGGGAGGGGCGGCGUGUUGGUGGAUCCUGGCAUGAGCCGGGCAUGGAGGUCAGAGGUGAGGAUGUGGCCCCUCCAUCCUGAGAGUGAGGGGCACAAGAAGAGAGGCUUGCGUUUGUAUUAGCGCUAUUUGUAGCUACAGGGAGGCGCUGGCUGCCUUAUUGUAUAGUAGCGCACGAGGCUGCAGCAGCCAGCUCCAUUCUGCUCCCUGUCAGGGCUCUGCUCAGCUAUGCUGCCCGGGGUAGGGGUGUUUGGCACAAGCCUGACGUCCAGGGUGAUUAUCCCGCUGCUGAAGGACGAAGGCUUCUCGGUGAAGGCGCUAUGGGGAAGGACACAGGAGGAAGCCGAGGAGCUGGCUAAGGAGAUGAGCGUCCCUUUCUACACCAACCGCAUCGACGACGUUUUGUUGCACCAGGACGUGGAUCUGGUUUGCAUCAACCUGCCGCCACCUCUUACCAAGCAGAUCGCUGUCAAAACCCUGGGUAUUGGGAAAAACGUCAUUUGUGACCGAACAGCUACCCCCUUGGAUGCAUUUAGAAUGAUGUCAGCCGCACACUACUACCCCAAGCUAAUGAGCAUCAUGGGAAAUGUCUUGCGGUUUCUUCCAGCUUUUGUGAAGAUGAAGCAGCUAAUACAGGAAGGUUAUGUAGGUGAGCUUCAAGUGUGUGAGGUUCAAGUCCACAGUGGAAGUCUUCUGGGAAAGAAGUACAACUGGAGUUGUGAUGAUCUCAUGGGUGGAGGUGGUCUGCACUCUGUUGGGAGCUAUAUCAUUGACUUGCUGACUUUCUUAACCAGUCAGAAAGCUGUGAAAGUUCACGGACUAUUGAAGACCUUUGUAAAGCAGACAGAUCAUAUAAAAGGAAUACGUCAGAUUACCAGUGAUGAUUUUUGUACAUUUCAAAUGGUGCUAGAAGGAGGAGUGUGCUGCACUGUCACUCUUAACUUCAACGUCCCCGGCGAGUUCAAGCAAGAUGUCAUUGUUGUAGGCUCAGCUGGUCGACUUAUUGUAACAGGGAUAGACCUUUAUGGACAAAGAAACAGCUCUUCUGACCGUGAACUGCUUUUAAAAGACCCAACCCCUGUCAGCAACUCCCUUUUACCUGAAAAGGCAUUUAGUGACAUUCCAUCCCCAUAUCUUAGAGGAACUAUUAAAAUGAUGCAGGCAGUGCGCCAGGCAUUUGAAGACCAGGAUGACAGGAGAACAUGGGAUGGUAGGCCGCUGACCAUGGCUGCCACAUUCGAUGACUGUCUUUAUGCUUUAUGCGUAGUUGACACCAUUAAGAAAUCCAACCAGACUGGCGAAUGGCAAAAUAUUGUCAUAAUGACUGAAGAACCUGAACUGAGUCCUGCAUAUUUAAUUAGUGAAGCAAUGCGCAGAAGCAGAAUGUCUUUGUAUUGUUAGCUUAGAAAUCGCUUGAACUUAGAAUAUCAAUUUUAAGACCCUUAAAGGAACAGUUCAGUGUGAAAAUAAAAACUGGAUAAAUAAAUAGCAUGUACAAAAUACAUUUUUUUUUUUAAAUAUAGUUAGUUAGCCAAAAAUGUAAUGUACAAAGGCUGGAG